UGGUCGCCUGGGACCCGGGGGCGGGAGGUGGGGGUAAGGUGUGUGUGGCCAGUCUCGGGCUGCAGGAGAAGGGGAGGAUUGGCGAGGAGAGACAGGAGACUGGGGCGGAGCCAAGGCCGUGCUCAGAGCGGGACAUGGAGGAACGUGGAUCUCCCGACGGAGACCCUGCACGGAGCCUGGAGCAAGGGCCAGAGGGGCAGGAAACGCCCAUCCAAGUGGUGCUCAGGGUGCGCCCCAUGAGCAAGGCUGAGCUGCGUCGAGGGGAGCAGAGCGCACUGCACUGCUCGGGGACCCGCACUUUGCAGGUGAGCCCCCCGGGCGGCGGCCCCGACGUGGCGUUCCGCUUCGGCGCCGUGCUGGACGGGGCGCGCACGCAGGAGGACGUGUUCCGGGCGUGCGGCGUGCGGCGCCUGGGCGAGCUGGCCCUGCGCGGCUUCUCCUGCACCGUCUUCACUUUCGGCCAGACCGGCUCCGGGAAGACCUACACGCUGACCGGACCUCCUCCCCAGGGGGAGGGGGUGCCUGUGCCCCCCAGCUUGGCUGGCAUCAUGCAGAGGACCUUCGCCUGGCUGUUGGACCGCGUGCAGCACCUGGGUGCCCAGGUCACCCUGCGCGCCUCCUACCUGGAGAUCUACAAUGAGCAGGUUCGGGACUUGCUGAGUGCCGGGUCUCCCCGGCCCCUCCCUGUUCGCUGGAACAAGACUCGGGGCUUCUAUGUGGAGCAGCUGCGGGUGGUGGAAAUUGGGGGUCUGGAGGCCCUGAUGGAACUUCUGCAGAUGGGUCUCAGCAGGAGGAGGAGCUCUGCUCACACUCUCAACCAGGCCUCCAGCCGCAGCCAUGCACUGCUCACGCUGUACAUCAGCCGCCCCAGGCCGCAGAAGAAGUCUCCUUCGGACCCAGGGGAGUUCCCUGCUGCUGGGAAGCUGUGCUUUGUGGACCUGGCUGGCAGUGAGAAGGUGGCGACCACAGGAUCCCGUGGGGAGCUGAUGCUUGAGGCCAACAGCAUCAACCGCAGCCUGCUGGCCCUGAGUCACUGCAUCUCCUUGCUGCUGGAUCCACAGCGGAAGCAGAACCACAUCCCUUUCCGGGACAGCAAGCUCACCAAGUUGCUGGCAGACUCACUAGGGGGUCGGGGAGUCACCCUCAUGGUGGCCUGCGUGUCCCCCUCUGCCCAGUGCCUUCCUGAGACUCUCAGCACCCUACGAUAUGCAAGCCGGGCUCAGCGAGUCACCACUCGGCCACAGGUUCCCAAGCCCCCACGUCUGGAAUCCGAAAUGCUGCAGCUCCAGGAGGAGAACCGCCUGCAGCGCUGCCAGGUGGACCGAAUGGAGCCCAGUGCCCCCGGGCUCCAUGGGGCGCGGGCCUCCUGGGCCCAGCGGAACCUCUAUGGGAUGCUUCAGGAGUUCAUGCUGGAGAACGAGAGGCUCAGGAAGGAAAUGAAUCAGCUGCAGAGGAGCCGGGACCUGGCCUUGCGUGAGCAGCAGGUCCUCACCCAGCAGGUCCAGGAGCUGGAGAGGCGCCUCCUCUCUGCCUGCUCCAUUUGUCCCGGCCCUGCUGUCACCACACCGUGGCCCUGCUUGAUGCUGCCAGCUGCCCCCUGCCACGCCUUGCCACCUCUCUGCUCCUGGCCAUGCUGCCACCUCUGCCCCCUGUGCCAGUCACCCCUGGCCCACUGGGCAUGUCCGCAGAGGGAGGGCCACCUGCCACAGAUGCUGGACCCCAAGGCCCCAGGUGACAUGCCUCUCUCUGCCCGGCCCCCUCCCUGGGCACCUCCAUGCAGCCCUGGCUCUGCCAAAUGCCCCACAGAAAGGAACCAUGGCAGCUGGACACAGACCGCAGUGUUGGCAGAGAUGCUGACUGGGGAAGAGGUGGUCCCCUCAGCUCCCCCUCUGCCUGUGGGGCCCCCUAACACGCCACCUGUGCUGCGAGGUGGGGCUGGAGUUGCAAACUUGGCCCAGAGGCUGGAGGCCCUCAGACACCAGAUUGGCAGCUCCCUGCGAUGUGGCCAGAGCCAGCCACCACCCGGAGAGGGCUCUGGGAACCCGGACCACAUCCUUCCUCCCCACUGAAGCCACAGUGGGACCCAAGGCUGCGCAUGCCCUGGGCCAGCUCUGUGCUCUCGAGUUCUUUCUCCCAACGUGUGGAGGGACUGGCCACCACCACUGGCCCUGAGCUGGGCAGAGGACACAUCUGAGGUGGGAGCCCUGGGUUUGGGCUAUUCAGGGAGAAAGGGCCAGCCUUCCCCAGCCUGGAGAAAACAGGCAGUGGGUAACAGAAUGCGUGAAUAAAGACAGGUGUUAACUCCAA